GAAUGCCACAGAGGCUCCGCCUUUAUUCCCGUGUUGGCAGCGUUGAUUGUGAGCGGGAGAUCCAACCCUAUUGAGACAGCUGAGACAGAGUCUUCGUUGACUUAUUCCAAGGUUCUGCUUGAGAAGACAAGAAUUUCCGCCUGCAGCAACAAAAAAAAAAAAACAACAACAAACGUAUUGCAGCAUCGCAGCCCAAUAAAGAGGAUCCAGAAGAGCGGUGACUUCAGCAGGAAGAGAAACACGCAACCUGUCAGAAGAGCUGAACAAUCUCUAACAGACACAGAGCAGCGUGAAGCAUAAAGAUGAAUCACACGGACCAAAUAGAGGCCAGUAGCUUCUCCUGCUACAGCCGCUCGGUGGUGGUGUACCGGUACUUUGCCGUGCUGUGGGGAUGUUGUGUAACCUUCAUUGGAACCGUGGGGAACCUGAUGACCGUCCUGGCCUUCAGCCUGAACUCCCGUCUCCAGACUCGCUUCAACGUCCUCAUCGUUAACCUGGCGGUGGCUGACCUUCUCUACUGCACCAUCCUGCAGCCCAUCUCUGUAGACUCCUACCUGCACCUCAGAUGGCGUGCUGGUCAGGUCUGGUGCCAGAUCUUUGGGUUGCUCCUCUGCGUCUCCCACUCCGUCUCCAUCAUUAUCCUCUGCCUGGUGGCGGUGAGCCGAUACCUCCUGGUUGCAAAAAGAGCUGUUUUCAACUGCUUGUUUUCCAACGUUGGACUUACUUUUCUCGUGGUCUCAGCUUGGGGUCUGGGUCUGGCCAGCUUCGGCCCACUCUGGUCUGUUUUCGCGUUUGUGCCUCAGGUGUGCACCUGCAGCUUCCAUCGCACCAAAGGCCGCCCCUACACCACCAUCCUGCUUUUCCUCUAUUUUAUCAUCGGUCUGGGAUGUGUUGGAGUCUUCUACAUGCUCAUCUACAAAAAAGUCAGGCUUGCAUCAAAAGCUCUGUUCCGCUACAGGCUGAGUAAACGCUCUUCUAGGAAGACGCCUGCUCCUUCAGCUCAGGGGACGGACGACAGCAGAGUGGAAAGUGGUGUGGGGAAGACAUAUAGCUCAGAGAUUAGCAGCCAAGCAGAACAGGACCAAAACACACAGAGUUCAGCUCCACCCUUAACGUCAUCAGACCCACAGCCAGUGACCCGAAGCACCGCUCCCGCUACACAUCCUGGGAUUCCAAACGUUAACGAAUUCAAGCGUGUGACCCGCAUGUGUUUUGUUGUGUUUCUCUGCUUUGUGUUCUGCUUUGUCCCAUUUAUGCUACUAAACAUAGCCGACAAAGAAAACCGCGCCCCACAGAUGUUGCACAUGUUCUGUGCCAACCUCACCUGGCUCAACAGCUGCAUCAACCCUAUCCUGUACGCGCUCAUGAACAGACAGUUUCGGCAGGCAUACUGGAAGCUGCUCAGCUGAGCUGCUAUUCCUUUCACCCGCCUGUGCAGCUGGCGUCAGACCCACAAAGUCUGAUUUCAUAGAACUUACUUUGAUUGAUCCAUGAGUCCAAAGUGUCCGUUUCAGGUUUCCCGGUUUAAUGUCCCUCUCAGGAAAAACAUCCCCUGAAAGCUAGCAGGGUUGACUUUUGAAUGUGUUUAUUAGAACUGGGCUAAAAGAAAAACUUAUCAUGGAGUCGACGUCAGUUGUUAAUAUAGAUAAUUAUCAAUUAUGUUUUUGCUUUAAACAUCUGAAAUACUGUCAAUGUGGUGGCGUCACCUUUCCUGUUUUAUCUGCAGUUUCUACUCCACUGCAGUUUUUACUUUUAAACAGUUUUGAGAAACCUCAAACUGCUGCUGCGCCAGUUACUCAACAGAGCGUUGCUAGGUAACUAAAGUUGGAGAGAAUCUGAAACUGCUUGUUGCUAGGUAACCGAAGAAAGAGUUGGUUGAUAUGGUGAUUCCAUCAACUUAGAGGUUUGCCCACAUUUCCCAGAAUGCUGUGUAAAAAAAAAAAAAAAAGGCAAAAAGUUGAUUUUAAAUUACAGCUCCUUCACUUAUAUUCUUAUAUCUCACAGAUAUUUACAUUUAUUUUGAAGUAUAAAUUUAGGUCACACUUUGCAAUUCAACGUGCAGAUAUCUUUGUACAUCACCAUAUGUUGUUUAUUGUGAAAUUAAAUGUAUGUUUUUAAGAGGUUAA